AGGACCUGGACAAUAGGGGACGCAGACAGAACCUACGAGUAAGAGGCCUACAAGAAGGUGAAGACUCACCCGCCCAGCUUAAAGUCACACUCACCGCCAUCUUCAACGAGCUCCUGAGCCGCCCCAGAGAGACCCCCAUAGAGUUCAUCAGAGCCCAUAGAGCACUGAGACCCAGGGGCCCACCAGAGGCACCAUCUAGGGACGUGAUUUGCUGUCUAGCACUUUACGCCUUGAAGGAGGAAAUUCUGCAUGCAGCACGCAACAGGGGAGAAAUCACUCAUGAAGGCCAACACCUCCAACUGUACUCGGACCUAUGCCCAGCUACUUUGGGAUAUCGCAGGGCACUAAAACCGCUCACCAGAAUGCUAGUGGCCCAGAAAAUACGAUACCGCUGGACAUUCCCUACAGGCCUGAUUGCCACCACCCAAAACGGCCCUAGAUUGAUCCGCACCCCACGGGACCUGCAGGAACUGUCAGAAGAUCUCCACUUGCCACCCCUUAACCUGACUUGGCCGGAUCCGCUGGAACAGCCCACCUACACUCCAGGGGGAACCUGUACCGACACAGCGCAGACACCGAACAAGACUGGAGACCGUCAGGCCAGCAGGGGCAACACGCUAAUGGACAUACAAGACAGGAGCCACGCAUGGAACUCGUAACUAUGCACUGGGACACUCUGUACAUAGGCCUAUAACACACACGGGCCACACACUUAGCCGUUACAACACUUAGAAACCCACGUCUCAGGGGAGGGUGGGGGGACCAUCAGAAGUGGGUAUACGAGACAUUUUGCCAGCACAAUCGAGGAACCCACGAAAGAAACACUGGGGACUCUUGAUAUAUCUGGGGGGAUUGUAUAUGGGGUGGUUUUGCCCUUCCUUUCUGUUUUCCCCUUCCUUUGUGGGUUUUUUUUUCUUCUUCUUCUUCUUUCCCGCUUGGGUGGGGGGAAAUGGGAAAGGGGAUGCUGAGGUUGGAUAAAGGCUCGCUCCAGACCAACAGGGAGAGGGAGCGGAGGUUACCCGGGAGGGCUAGCACUGUGAGAAGGGACAGGCCCCCAACCGCGACCCCUCGCCAGGCGGGACAACCCCAACCGGACCCCCAGAACACCACGAUAAGGGGAGGGACACGAAAUGGGAAGUGUAAGGCCAGCUGGUUAUUUACCUUAAAGCCACCAACUUACGAGCCACAACACGGCAACAUAACUCACCACCCGGUAACGGAGAGCUAGGGGAACAGGGGAGAGACUAGUAGGGUAGAGCCGAUCCAAAGACCAUACACUCCAACACACACAUGGGAGAUAGGGAAAGGGCCGGGAUGGGCUGGGCCCAGGGGCUGCCAGCACCACCUGUACUGACUAUAUAGCUUCUGAGCAGAGGGGGCCAGGGGACACUGGAGACCUAGAAAGGAGAAGGAUCCACCACUCUUGGCCCUACGGGGUGAGGGAGUAAGAGGGCCACGUUCCCAGUAGACAGGGGCACCAGGAUACCGGCGGGAGGACUCAACGGUGCCAACAGGUGCUGCACACUUGACUCCUACCUAGCCCACACCCUAGUCUUUUUUGGAAAACCCACGAGGUUUAUUGUUGUUUAUUACCAAUACUGUUACAUUUGUUACUAAUUGUUGAAAGCCGCGCCUGCCCGCGGGACCCAGGGGGACAGGGGACGCACCCACGACCUCAGACCCGCACUCGAGGAGUAAGCCAAAUCCUCUAGCACCCACCCAUACUCCCUAACCCUCCCCACCAUACCCUGAUUCUCUUGAAUCGUAGCAACCAUGCCGCGCCACAACACACACAAACAAGCGGAGAUUAAAUUCCUCUCCAUCAACGCUAAAGGCAUGAACAUACCCGAAAAACGCUUGCAUGCCCUACGUCACUUCCACAGUCAAAAGUCACAGGUAGUUUUCAUUCAGGAGACGCACUUUAAAGAGGGCCACGUGCCCAGAUUGACGGACAAACAUUACGCGCAAUGUUUCCUGAGUAAUAACCCAGAGGGAAAGUCCAAAGGCACGGCAAUACUGAUCCAUAGAUCGCUACAUUCUGCCCCCACUGACACACUGCGAGACAGCCACGGACGGUAUAUAUGUGUCAAAGGCACAAUUGCAAACCGCACAUACACGUUCGCGAACCUAUAUACCCCCAAUAAACGCCAACACCAAUUCUUACGCACAGCACUUAGAACGAUAGAGGGCUUCGCGGAGGACUGUCUGGUCGUUGGAGGGGACCUCAAUGUGGCCCUGACGCCGACCAUAGACACAUCCAUAGGCCUCUCUACGACCCCCCAACACAUUUUAACAAACAUAUCGAAAACGCUGCGAGAGAAGCGUCUGGUAGACUGCUGGAGAGCUUUACACCCUGAAGACCGAGACUACACUUUCUACUCUAUCCCCCACAGAACGUACUCUAGAAUAGACUAUUUCCUCAUUCCACAUUAUUACCUGACUGAGGUUAGACAAACUGACAUUGGAAUAGCGACAUGGUCAGACCAUGCUCCAAUCACGAUGACACUAACCUCCCCACUCUAUAGGCCCACUUGCAGUAACUGGAGACUGAACGAAUCGAUCUUAAAAGAGUGACGGCAGAAGUCAGGGAAAGACUAACGCAAUACUUUACAGAAAACGAUACGUCUGAGGUCACGCCUCUAUGCCUAUGGGAGGCUCAUAAAAGCGUAAUGAGGGGCCACUUCAUAGCGAAAAGCGCCGCGCUUAAAAAAGCCAAAACUGCCAGACUUAAAACUCUAAUUAAGGACAUACAGACUUUGGAAUGUAGACAUAAACAAACCCACCUGAUAGCAGACUGGACACAACUAACGGUACUCAGGAGGGAACUCUCCUCUAUCCUGAAUGCCAAUCACCAUAGAGCAUACUUACACUCCAAAGCGUUCUUCUACACCAACGCUAACAAAUGUGGUGCCCUCCUUGCCCGCAUGAUCGCCAAAAAGAGAGUGGCGGCCUACAUCCCGGGGAUCAGAGACAGAGAUGGGAAGCUGCACAAUGUGCCGACCGAGAUGGCCAACACUAUUCGGGCGUACUAUGCGGACCUAUAUUCACUCGACCCACCCAGGGGAGAGGGAGCGGGUACAGAAAGGAAGACGCGGAUAACAGACUACCUAGAACCGCGCAUAGGCAACUGCCUCUCACAGUAGGCAAGUGAAGAGCUAGACGAACCGAUCGAGACACACGAGGUAGCAUGGGCUCUCAAAACGGCCAAGACGGGCAAGAGCCCCGGACCUGACGGACUACCAGCACGCUAUUACAAAACCUUUGCGGAACUCCUCGUCCCACGCCUCACGACGGCACUCAACGCGAUCCGAGAAGGGCAGAUAUUCCCGACACAGACCUUGGCGGCUAACAUCACCCUAAUACCUAAAGAAGGGAAAGAUCCUGAACAAUGUGCAAACUAUCGCCCCAUCUCACUGUUAAAUAGCGACUUGAAGCUUUUCACGAAGAUACUCGCACAGAGACUGCAGGCCCACCUCCCGAACUUGAUACAUAAGGACCAGGUGGGAUUUACCCCGCACCGAGAAGCGCGAGAUAACACAAUCAGAGCACUUUCCCUGAUCCACCUCGCAAAAACCAGACAGGAAGGCCUUCUCCUGCUCUCCACGGAUGCGGAGAAGGCCUUCGACAGGAUCGCAUGGGACUUCAUGUUCCAGGUCCACGAAAAACUGGGGAUGGGGCCAUACAUGAUCUCCUGGAUCAGAGCUCUGUACUCACAACCAACAGCACGGAUCUGCAUAAAUGGAGCCUUCACAGACCCCUUCGUGAUCAGGAAUGGAACCAGACAGGGCUGCCCCCUCUCCCCCCUGCUCUUUGUGCUAGCCCUGGAACCAUUCCUGAACUCGAUCCGAAACAACCCAGAUAUCCCGGGAUUGGAGACAGGAGGGGGGAAACACGCAGUGGCAGCAUAUGCGGACGACCUACUGUUCUUCGUAACUAAGCCGGAAACAUCCAUGCCCACGAUAAUGAAGGAAUUCAAAAAGUACGGGGAGCUCUCAAACUUUAAAAUCAAUUUUUCCAAAUCCACGAUCCUCAAUGUCUCCGUCUCGGGUUCCAGAGCGACGGCCCUUAAACGAGCGCUGCCAUUUCAAUGGUCCGCCACCUCCCUGAAAUACCUCGGCGCAGUGCUAACAAACGACCUCUCCCAACUGUACGCAGCAAACUUCCAACCACUCCUGACCACUAUACAGAAGGACCUGCAGGAAUGGGACCAGGUGCGCCUCUCAUGGUUUGGAAGAGUGGGAGUGCUCAAGAUGAACAUCCUACCGAGGGUCCUCUACCUGUUUCAGACUAUCCCCGCGACCAUACCGGAGGCAUUUUUUACCUCCCUUAGAUCGAUGGCCCUCCGGUUCACCUGGCAGAGACAGAAGGCUAGGAUACAACAUGACGUGCUCACACUACCGAAAGCCCAGGGAGGCCUAGCUCUGCCAGAUUUUAAGAGAUACCAUAGAGCCACACACAUCCAAAGGAUAGUGGAGUGGUCUAAACGGGGAGUGGAGAAACUCUGGAAGGAUGUAGAGUCUUCCCUGGUGGAGAGACCGAUGGCAGUCCUUCCCUGGCUAGACCCCCAACAAAGCAGACAGCUAGCUGCUCCACACCCCCUAAUCAAAGCGACCGUGCGGGUUUGGCAGUACCACUCUCGCUCACCUCCACACCAUCCCCAAUGAUGCCCCUAGUCCAUAAUGAGGUCUUCCCACCAGGAAGGGAACCAAGAACGUUGGUCCAGCUGCUGGACGGCCGCCUCAAAUCACUAGAGGCCAUGACGGGGAACUCCGACCACCCAUUUAUGCUCCAAUUCAGAUACCGACAACUGAAAGGGCUUAUACAAGAAACCACCCGAAACAAUCACACCCUCAGACCCUUAACAACGUUUGAAGAGAUAUGCAUGGACCCGGACCCGCUGCCGAGGGGCCUAUCAACGCUCUAUGGAAUGGUCAUGCAGUUGAGGAGGCUACCACCCCCAAGCUUCAUGGGGAAAGGGGAAACAGUUUUAGGCACCACAUUCACACCCAACCAAUGGGACAAAAUAUGCACCCUCUCACUACACUGCGCACCAUCCAGCGGAACGCAAGAAACAGCAUACAAAAUACUGGCCCUUUGGUACCGCACCCCACUCCACACACACCUAUACGACCCCACAAAGGAUGACGUAUGCUGGAGGUGCAACACACACAAGGGAACAUACCUCCACAUAUGGUGGGAAUGCCCAAUCAUCCAACCAUACUGGGCAGCCAUUCACACAAUCAUAAAAAGAUUCACAGACUCCCCACCACCCAUGAACCCCGCAACAUUUCUCAUCCAUGACACCAAGACGAAAGCAUCGACAUAUAAAAAAUCCUUAACCAUACGGAUACUUAAUGUAGCCAAAAGCCUAAUCCCCCUCUACUGGAAAAAACAAUGUGCACCCGUUAGGGACGUGGUACCAAAGAAUGGAGGAGCUGAGAGCACUGGAAGAGCUCUCCCUGCUGGCAGAGGGGAGGACCCAGACGUACAUGACGGUCUGGACACACUGGAUACUGACCUCGACUAACGCUGACUUCCAGGUUCUGUUGACAUGACUGAAGACACCUGACGGGACAAAAGACUACCUUGACUGAGAGAGCAACUACACUAACAAACAGGAAAAAUACCAGAAACAACAUCAUAAUAAAUAAAACACCCCCUCCCCCUCUUCUCCCCUCCUAUCCCCCCCCCUCACCCAUCCCCACCCUCACCCGUCCCCCACCUUGGGGAACCAGCGGGCGUGAAGGCGACACAGUAGAGAAGUUCAUAAGACGUAGAGGCUCCAGACGGAUAGGCACCCUCUAAGCAAAAAAAGGAAGAGAGGGAAAAGAUAAGGGUAGCAAAGGGGGAAGAAAAAGAACAGGAAGGGGGAAGACAAGAGUAAAAAGAGAGAAAAAGAAAGGAGGGAAAAGAAAGGGAAAGGUGUAAGGGAGACAAAAAGGAAGGAGAAAAGAGAAUAAGAAGGGAAAAACAGGAAAAGAGACAGGGGUUCACGGUUAAGGAUAAGACAAGGAGAAACAAGCUUAAUUUUGCACCCACGUCAAACGCGGGAGUUAAUGAGCAGACAGGAUUAAGACAGUACAAACCACCCCCGCCCCAGCCAGAUUAACUGGGGUAUACCCCACCGUCACCAAAGAUCCUAGAACUGAACUCGCAAGGCACGCACAAAAUCCUGUUUCUCCCCCAUACGGUUGGUCAUUACACACUACCUGUCUUGGCACAAGACACAAGCCACCCCUGCCACACUAGGUGGCCUAGCAUAGCCACAACAACCGUACGCUAGAGGGAAAGCCCCAUCCACACAAAGGUUCUUAGGACCUACGAGCCCAAAUAGUAUGUUUCUUUAGACUGUUUGAUGACUUGCAUGUCAACAUGGUUGUUCACUAUAACUAUCUCAUGUCUGAGACGUGAAUUGAAAAAAGCCUUUAUUGGACCUGCGUGUCCGCGACAAUGUUUAUGCAUAAAGUGAAAAUUCUUUGAAUAAAAGAAAUUUACACAAAAAAACAAAAAACUUCACUGCUGCACAAGGGAAGCAGCUCUUAGCACACUGAAUACAUUAAAGGGAUUAUUUGCAGCCUGUUAUUGCAAUAUUCUGCAUACUACAGUUUGGCCUAAGUGUACUUAAAUAAACACUAGCUUUAGAACAGUUUGUCCUUUUAUCUUCUUACCAAAGGUCUGUCGGAAAUUGCUGUCCACCUUCUAUGAGCUACCAGGAAAUCUGGAAACUUCUGCUUAUGAGCUUCUAUUACCUCUCCUGAGUUAAGCCCUGUAGUGUAGGGUUAGCUAAUUGGUUUAGAGUGUAAGCUGAUCAUGCACCAUAAUUUCACAGUGUGAGCUAGUGUGGGCAGAUGAAGGCGAUGUGGUAAACAUCAUCCAGGAACACAAAGAUGGUGGCGCUUAGGACAUAGAUCCAUAGAAGACAUUAAGCAGUAAAAAUGGUGAAAUGGGGGACCUAGAGGUAUUUGUGGGUGACUGAGGGGAUAAUAAAGUGUAAAGGAGUUGGGAAAGGGGUUCAAAAACAGAUGCUGCCAUGACAGUGCCACUAUAAUUAUUUUGUUGAGCCAGAUACUGCUGAUCAAGCUGAUGAAAUUUUAAAACCAACACCUAGACGCUCAUCCGGAAAAAACAAGGAUGUUUUCAGCUACUUGCCUGUCCUAUCUUGCAACAUCAGAGUCAACAUAUGAACCCUCACUGAUAAACUUCCUAUUAUGAAACCACUAAGUGGAAGAAAGCAGUAAUAUAAGAAAUGUAAUCCUUAAACAAAAACAUAACAUGGAAUCUCACUAAGUUACCUAAAGACAAAAAAAAGACCAUAGGUUGUAUAUGAGUAUUCAAGCACAAACUGGUUGCAGAAGGAAAUGUAACAAAAAGGAUUUACUCAGAGGUAAGGAGAAGACUAUGAUGAUAUCUGUGCAUCUUUGGUCAAGUUCAGCACAAUCAGAACAUUACUGACUAUUGCAGCAUCUAGACCGUUUCAUGUAGAGAAACUAGAUGUAAUGUUGGCUUUCUUGGAUGGUAAAAUAGAUUAAGAAAUUUAAACUUUAGAGCCUGAUGGAUUUGAAACAAAUGAAGGUCUAGUAUGUUUAUUUACCAGACAAAAAAACUGAGAAUUUGAGUUUGACCACAGGGCUUAAUUUUGUGUGUUUGUAUUUGCGUUUGUAUUACAGUACAGUGCAGUGCAGUAACAAUGCUGCCAUCAACCCAGGGAAGUAUUUGCCGCGAGGCAAACAAGGUACUUGCCUUGGGUGGCACUUUCCAGGGGGCGGCCAAAAAUGCCGCCCCCAAAUUCCCAGGCAAAUCACUUGUUAGCGUGGCGGCGGCUAACUAACAGUCCAGUCAGGUGCGUGAGAGAGCUGAGCAGAGAGCUCACUAAUCAGUGCUCCCUCACCAGUGCCGCCCGCCCGCAUGGAUUCUUAGUUAGCCGCCCGCCCGCCUGCCUCCCUUCCUGUCAGAAGGAACCCAAGGACCCCAGAUAAAAAAAAAAAUCCACCCAGCACUCCCAAAGGUAGAGAGGCUGGGUGGAUUUAAACUAAAAAAUAAAAAGCAAUUGGUUAAUGUUUGGGGAUGGGAGGGGAGGGGAAAGGAAGGGGGGUGGGGCUGUCAGUGUGUGUAUGUCUGAGUGAUUGUGUAUGUCUGGCUGUCAGUGUGUGUAUGUCAGUGUGUAUGAGAGUGAUUGUGUGUGUCUGGAAGUUAGUGUGUGUCUGUGAAUGUGUGUAUUGGUCAGUGAGUGUGUACGUGUCGGUGAGUGCGUGCGUCUGUCAGUGUGUGUAUUGGUCAGUGAGUGUGUACGUGUCGGUGAGUGCGUACGUCUGUCAGUGUGUGUCCAAGUAAUAGUGUGUAUGUCAUUGUUUGUCAGUAUAUAUGAGAGUGUGUCUCUGUCAAUGAGUGUAUGCGUCUGUCAGUGAGUGUGCGUCUGUCAAAGUGCGGCCUUGACAGGAAGAGGUGGGGGAAAUUUAAAUUGGGGGGGGUGCCCGGGCACCGUCCUGCCUAGGGAAGCCCAAAUCCUAAAUACACCACUGCAUCAAUCCCAUGUGUUCCCUAUAAAGGGUUAAUAAGUGUGAAGGGGUUUAGAAAAAUACCGCUCUCUGUCUCAUUAGAGCUUUUGCCUUUCCCCUUAAAGAAGCAAGGUGAAAUGUUAAUGUAGGACUCACCUAAAAUGUUUUGCCUUGACAUGGCAGGUGAGCUUACACAUAAUGGCUAUUGGAGUUAUGCUAAACAGUUAG